AUGGCGAAGUGCAUGGCUCCACUUCUUCCACACCUUGCUGCGGAGUUCUUCCAACACCAGCCAAACUGCACCGAAAAGCUGAUACUACGGGAUGUGCUAAGCUUCGAUGGAAAUAAUGAAAUAGAACUCCAUCCUGAACUGGAUCAAGUCAUGGAAACAGUCAUACGAUUGAGAGCUGAUCUCGCUGCUUCUGCUGGUCCAUCGUGCGAUCUGUUCAAAAAAGGAGCGCUUCUGGAGCUUACGCCAUCCACAAGGACCCUUUUGAUGGAGUGGCAGAACGAGGAGACCUCAUUUAGUUCACAACUUUGUGAGCUGUUUGGCGUGUCGAUGGUCAGAAUUCAAGACGCUGAUGAGGAUAGCAUUACUCCAAUUGAAAGCGAUGGAUUGUUCUGUGAUAGAUGUCGCAAGAUGAGCAGGCAGCCCGCCGAAAAGCAUUGUGCUAGAUGUAGUGCUGCCUUAGAAUAUCUCCAGUAA